GUUGCUUUAACCGUCAGCGAUGCCCUUCAAGGCGCUGAUGCUGGAUGUACUGCAAGAUGAUCAUGCUAUUCGAUUAAUCAUGAACAAAGAAUCUGUAUUUAUAGUUAAUGGGGAUAUCACUGUAUGGCAAUCCUGACCUUUUAUUGUAUCGGAAAAUGACAAAAUUAACAGCUAAACAAGAGGACUAUUCUCCCGAAAGGAGGACAUUUGUCAACCCUGAUCAGAGGUAUGUUUUACCUCAGAGCUAAAAUCGUCCGAAAGCAAAGGUGCGAUUCUGCAGUUCCACGUGGGACACAUGAAUUAUUAAUCAAUGC